AACCUGUUUUGUUCACUGGAACAAUGAGGAAAAACCUGGAUCCCUUUAAUGAGCACACAGAUGAGGAACUGUGGAAUGCCUUACAAGAGGUACAACUUAAAGAAACCAUUGAAGAUCUUCCUGGUAAAAUGGAUACUGAAUUAGCAGAAUCAGGAUCCAAUUUUAGUGUUGGACAAAGACAACUGGUGUGCCUUGCCAGGGCAAUUCUCAGGAAAAAUAAGAUAUUGAUUAUUGAUGAAGCGACGGCAAAUGUGGAUCCAAGAACUGAUGAGUUAAUACAAAAAAAAAUCCGGGAGAAAUUUGCCCACUGCACCGUGCUAACCAUUGCACACAGAUUGAACACCAUUAUUGACAGCGACAAGAUAAUGGUUUUAGAUUCAGGAAGACUGAAAGAAUAUGAUGAGCCGUAUGUUUUGCUGCAAAAUAAAGAGAGCCUAUUUUACAAGAUGGUGCAACAACUGGGCAAAGCAGAAGCCGCUGCCCUCACUGAAACAGCAAAACAG